UCACGUAAAUUAAAAUUUAACAUAACUAUAUAUCAAUUAAUAAAAACAAAUUUCAUACUUUUUGUUAAUUAUUUUCACAACUUACUCUACUUUAAAAGGCCAAACUUUUUUGUUUUUCUCUUCUCAAUACCUUCUAUAAAUACAAAGCUUUGUACACCAUUAUUUGCCAUGAGUUGUCCACGUCGUCAAGUCUCAGAUACACACACACACUAAACCUGUAAAACACGUCUCGAAACUUCAAUUCUUAUACUCUUUUCGUAAAAUCAAUACCAAACCCAUCUUUGAUUACUUAAUUCCCGAAAAGGGUUGCCGGAGAAUCUUCAUAUUCCGAUGACUAUUGGAACUGAUUCGGAGAAGAUGAACCUAACUGUGAAGGAAUCGGUGAUGGUGAAACCAUCGAAACCGACGCCGAAGCAGCGACUAUGGAACUCGAAUCUUGAUUUGAUUGUGGGUCGGAUCCAUUUAUUGACCAUAUACUUUUAUACGCCAAAUGGGUCUUCGGAUUUCUUUGAUUCUGUGGUUCUGAAACAGGCUCUCUCCGACGUUCUCUGUUCCUUUUUUCCGAUGGCCGGACGGCUGGGUACAGAUGGCGAUGGCAGAGUUGAAAUUAACUGCAACGGCGAGGGUGUUUUGUUUGUGGAAGCUGAAGCGGAUUGUAAGAUUGAUGAUUUUGGUGAGAUUACUCCGUCGCCGGAGCUACGGAGGUUGGCGCCGACUGUGGAUUACUCCGGCGACAUCUCUUCUUAUCCUCUAGUCAUCACUCAGGUCACACGUUUCAAGUGUGGCGGGGUUUCUCUAGGGUGUGGAGUGCACCAUACUUUAUCCGAUGGAUUCUCCUCCCUCCAUUUCAUCAACACAUGGUCUGAUAUAGCUCGAGGGCUACCCGUUGCAAUCCCACCGUUCAAUGAUCGGUCCCUCCUCCGUGCCCGGGACCCACCCACUCCCACGUUUGACCAUGUAGAGUACCACCCACCACCAUCAUUAAUCACCCCACCAGAAAACCAAAAGUCACCUGCUUCCACCACGAUCCUACGACUCACACUUGAUCAAAUCAACGAUCUUAAAUCAAAAGGAAAGGGUGAUGGGAAUGUCUACCAUAGCACAUUUGUAAUCCUAGCCGCUCACCUAUGGCGAUGUGCAUGUAAAGCUCGUGGACUCUCACAUGAUCAACCAACCAAAUUGUACGUGGCCACAGACGGACGAUCGAGAUUGAACCCUCCACUCCCUCCUGGUUACCUUGGAAACGUCGUGUUUACAGCCACCCCGAUGGCUAAUUCAGGCGAGUUUAAAUCAGAAUCGUUGGCCGACUCUGCAAGAAGAAUCCAUAGUAAGCUGGCUAGAAUGGACGAUCAGUAUAUGAGAUCAGCCAUUGACUACUUGGAGAUACAAUCAGAUCUGUCGGCCCUCAUUCGAGGGCCGACAUACUUUGCGAGUCCAAAUCUGAAUGUAAACAGUUGGACUCGCUUACCGUUGUAUGAAUCUGACUUCGGAUGGGGUAAACCCAUUUUCAUGGGACCCGCAAACAUACUUUACGAGGGCACAAUUUAUAUCAUACCGAACCCGAAUGAUGAUCGGGCCUUGAAGCUUGCGGUGUGCUUGGACUCCGAACACAUGUCACUUUUCAAAAAGUACUUGUAUGACUUCUAG